GUCAGGCAGUUUUACAAAGAUUAUGACAGCAGUAGGUGAAAAAUGGAUGAAAAUAAACGAAUUGAUGCAGAAGAAAUAAACGAAAAUGAGGAAGAAAAUCAAGAAUCCCAAAACCCAACACAAGCAAAUGAAAAUGAGGCAGAAGAAUCUGAAAAUCAAGAAUCUCAAAACACAUCCCAAGAACAGCAAGAACAAUCUGCAAAUGAAGAAGAAGACCAAAAUAGAAACGAUGAAACCACUACUAACAUUCCAGUUAUUAGCACUGUUUCAGUCGAACAACCCAAAGAAAUAAAGACAAGUAAUGGGGGUAAAUUUAUGUUGUUGAUGUGGAAGAACUGGAGAUUGCAAAGGCGAAAACGUGUACAGACUGUGAUGGAAAUUUUGGUUCCGAUUCUUUUGACAUUGUUGUUGGUUUUAAUCGGUAGUACGAUAACGAUGGAAAGUCAUGAUUCCAAAGUUUUUGAACCGUUUGAUGUUUCCAGCUUUCCAGCAAGCCUGGCAACAGUUAUAUUAUACUCCCCUGACACUAAAGACACUAGCGCUGUAAUGGAUAUAUUUCGCAUCACCAAAACAUUGAACGUUACCGCUUCAGACGACAUUGUCAAUGAUUACAGAAAACAAGAAAACGAGGUUUUUUUCGCUGUUGUUUUUCCUUCAAAUUUUGCCACUAAAGAUGAAGAUAUUUCUUUAUCCAUAAGAUUCCCCUCCGAACUUAAAUUUACUCAAGAUACUAAGGAAGAUAGCUGGAAAACUUAUUCGAAUUAUCCUUUGGACGCCAAACAGGGACCGAGGAACCAUGAAGAAAAUACUGGAGCUACCCCAAACUACUUCAAAGAACAAUUUAUUCAAGCCCAAUCGAUGUUAACAGUCUCACUAAUAGCUGCAAAGAAGAACAUACCUAUAGAUAUUGACUUUCAUAAGAUGAUGGAAGGUAUUAGUGGUGAUACUGGAAUUCCCGUGGUAAAAAUGCAAAGAUUUCCGUAUCCACCUUGGAAAGAAUCUCCAAUCUUGGAACAAUUAAAAACAAGUUUGAGUCUGAUGAUAAUGCUGGGCUUCAUUUAUUCUUGCAUUAACAUUGUGAAAAUGAUAACAAAUGAAAAAGAAAACCAACUUAAAGAAGCCAUGAAAAUAAUGGGUUUGUCAAAUUGGCUGCAUUGGACGGCUUGGUUCGUGAAAUCCCUCAUAUUUCUUUUAAUAUCAUGCAUAAUAAUAGUGAUACUCUUCAAAAUCAACAUUUUUGUUCGCGCUGAUCCCUCUGUGAUGCUGCUAUUCCUUUCGUUCUACGCAUCUUCGAUUGUUAUGUUCUGUUUUGCUGUCAGCGUAUUUUUUUCAAGAGCCGAUACCGCAGCAGCAGUGGCAGGUUUGCUUUGGUUCAUUUCCUUCAUGCCUUACCUGAUGCUUCAGGACCAAAACGAUCGGCUGAGUCUGGCGGAAAAAAUGGCCGCCGCUCUGGCUCACAACUCCGCCAUGGGAUACGGAUUCGAAACGAUGCUGAAAUACGAAGCCGUGGACGAAGGCAUAGCCUGGACGAACAUGCAUCUACCUCCAACGCCGGACGAGAAUUUGACGUUGCUACACGUGAUAGUGAUGUUGCUUGUGGACAGUUUGCUGUACUUUUUGAUCGCGAUGUACUUCGAGGCGAUAUUCCCGGGGGAGUACGGUCUGGCGCGGCCAUUUUAUUUUCCCUUCACGUCGUCCUAUUGGUUCGGGCAGCCGAGAAACACCGGGACGGCCAAUCACGAGCUUUCGAACGCGACGCAGGACGAAUUCUUCGAGAAACCUCCCGAUAACUUGAAGGCCGGUGUGGAAAUACGAAACUUAAGGAAAGUGUACAAAAGCAACGUGGCUGUGGAAAAUCUCUCGUUGGACAUGUACCAAAACCAAAUAACGGUUUUGUUGGGCCACAACGGUGCCGGUAAAACCACGACGAUAUGCAUGUUAACCGGUAUGAUACCGUCUACGAGCGGAACCGCUGUUAUUAACGGUUACGAUAUCAGAACGCAAACCAAAAGAGUAAGGGACUCUCUCGGGCUGUGUCCUCAACACGAUAUUCUUUUCGACGAGCUGACUGUAGCCGAUCACAUUUAUUUUUACAGCAGGCUGAAAGGCAUGAGGAAGAAAGACAUAACCAAUGAGAUUGAUAGGUACGUCAGUAUGUUGGAAUUUCAGGACAAGAAAAAUGCAAAAUCCAAAACUUUAUCAGGAGGCAUGAAAAGAAAGUUGUCCGUUGCAAUAGCAUUUUGUGGAAACUCUAAAGUGGUAAUGUUGGAUGAACCGACAUCUGGAAUGGACCCAUCUGCUAGAAGAUCGUUGUGGAAACUCAUUCAAACACAAAAAAAUGGUAGAACGAUUCUUCUAACGACUCAUUUUAUGGACGAAGCAGACCUCCUUGGAGACAGGAUAGCAAUAAUGAGCAGGGGUGUGUUAAAAUGCUGCGGUUCAAGUUUCUUUCUGAAGAAAAAAUUCGGAGCUGGUUAUCACCUGAUUCUCGACAAAUCCGAAAAUUGCGAUGUUGAGAAAGUAACGGAUCUUUUGAGGAACCACAUCCCCGAAAUUGAAGUGCAUAGUAAUGUUGGUUCGGAGUUAACUUAUUUGCUCGAUGAAGAUGAGGCGCCUAAAUUUGAAGAAAUGCUUAAAGAUUUGGAGGAACAUCAAGAAGAAUUGGGCGUUAAUGGUUAUGGGAUAUCAAUGCCGACCCUAGAAGAAAUUUUUUUAAAAGUUGGAUCUGAUCAAGUGAAUAAUAGUGAAAGCCAAGAAGUCACAGUUCACAUCUCAUACACAGGGGAAAGACGCAAAGGAUUUAAAUUAACCCGUAAUCAAUUUCGCGCCAUGUUCAUGAAAAAGUUCCUUUCAUCCAUAAGGUCAUGGAUAAUUCUAUUAAUUCAGAUUCUACUGCCGAUAAUUUUUUUGUUGCAAAUCCUUAUUGCAAAUUAUAUGAGCGGCAGACAACAACUGGCUUUGCCGGAGUUAAAGUUGAAUUUGGAUAAUUUUGCCUCACCCAAAACAAUCGUGCAAGUCGACGACGAAUCACCAUACUCCAAUACUUUUCUCGAUAUCGUGGGUAGAGAAUCGGAAAUUGAGAAAACCAAGGAUAUAACUGAUACUGCACUUAGAUUGAGAGAAGAAAACAACAAGGAGUUUAAGUUCCAUUACGUAGUGGGGGCAUAUUUCGAAAAAAAAGAUAAACAAUCCAUAAUAAAUGUAUACUUCAACAACGAUCCAUAUCAUUCCCCGGGAAUCGCAUCAUCUUUAGCAUGGGAGACUGUAUAUAAAGUUCUCUUGAAUUGCUCCCAUUGCAGUCUGAAGUUCGCCAACCAUCCACUACCUUACAGCACGAAGACCAUGAUGAAUCAAUUAAUGUUGAAUAGCUUUGGUUCUCAACUGGCCUUUCAAGUGGGCUACGGUUUGGCUUUUUCCGUCCCAAUUUUCAUUUUGUUCGUGAUAAGAGAGAGAACUUCCAAAUCCAAACACCUCCAACUGGUGUCUGGGGUUGAAGUUUGGAUAUUUUGGAUCACGACGUUCCUUUACGAUUUUCUGAUAUACCUUUUUAUUGUGGUGCUGUUUGUGACUCUUUUGAGUUGCUUUCAAACGGAAGGACUGUCGAAGCCGGCAGAUUUAGGCAGACUGGUCGCCAUAAUGCUUUGCUUUGGAGUGGCCGUAUUGCCGCUGCUGUAUUGCUUCGGAUUUUGCUUCGAGGUUCCGUCGACUGGUUACACGAAAAUGGUCAUUAUAAGCUUUUUUACUGGCGCUAUGGCUGUUUUGUUGGCGCAGAUGUACGGCGCACUUGGAUUUAAGACAAUAUCGGAUGUUUUUCACUAUGUGUUGAUGAUAUCGCCGUUUUUUGCCUUGAGUGAAGGGAUAUUGCACAUGUCAAUGCUGUAUGACAAGAACAGGGCUUGCUCUGAAUGGGCGAAGCAUGGUGUUGACAUUGAUGUCAUGGCGUUUUGUAAAGAUUCUGGUGAUGAUUAUUUUCGCCUCGAAAGACCUGGGAUCGGUUACAACGUGUUGGUCCUCCUAUUGCUGGGUAGCAUCUUACUUCUAGCCCUUUUUCUCUACGAUUACCAAAUAGUAAAGGAUGUGGGAAUGAGCUCGGGUCCCGUAGAGGUGCCGGACGAAGACAGCGAUGUAUACGAGGAAAAACGGAAAGUUCGAAACGCCACGGAAGACUUGAUCAAGGCAAACACGUUGGUCAUGAAGGACGUCACAAAGUACUACAAAAAAAAACUUGCCGUGAACGGUUUGUGUUUGGCGGCCAAAGGGUACGAGUGCUUCGGGCUGUUGGGGGUCAAUGGGGCCGGAAAAACGACCACUUUUCGCAUGCUGACGGGCGACCUGAAGAUGUCGCACGGCGACGCCUGGAUCAACGGCAAAAGCAUCCGAAGCGAUUUGAAGAACGUCAGGAAGCAUGUCGGUUAUUGCCCGCAAUUCGAUGCCCUUUUGGACAAUCUCACUGCAAGGGAGACGCUUAAAAUGUACGCUUUGAUUCGCGGCGUGCCCGAAAAGGAGUGCAGAGAACUCGUGGAUGGUUUGGCCAGGGAUUUCGAUUUCAGCAGGCAUUUGGACAAAAAGGUUAAACAGUUGAGUGGAGGGAACAAAAGGAAGCUGAGCACUGCUGUUUCUAGCAUUGGGGACCCGUCUGUCAUAUACCUGGAUGAACCGACCACAGGUAUGGACCCAGCCACCAGAAGAUUCCUAUGGGACGCCUUGUGCAAACUAAGAGACAACGGUAAACUGAUAAUCCUAACCUCCCACAGUAUGGAGGAAUGCGAAGCGUUGUGCACGAGAUUGGCCAUAAUGGUGAACGGCAAUUUCAAAUGCAUCGGCUCCGGUCAGCAUUUGAAAAACAAAUUCGCCAAAGGCUACACGUUAACGAUCAAGGUGAAAAAGCCGCCGGAAAGUGACGGUUUGGAACGUGGCGAUACUCAGCCCAUAGAAGAUUUCGUUGGCGAUAAAUUUCCCAUGGCGACGCUAAGAGAAAGACACCAAGAGUUGCUGACCUAUUACAUUGCGGACACCACGGACAUUCCUGUGUCGAGAAUGUUUGGAAUUUUAGAGGAGGCCAAACAUAAUGACGCUUUAAAUAUAGAAGAUUAUUCUUUGGGACAAUCCAGUUUGGAACAAGUGUUUUUAACGUUUGCCAAGUACCAAGAAUAG